UUUCUCAUAAUAAUUUAAUACUAAUUGGUUAAAAUGGAAGCUAAGCAAGACUUCAAGGAAGAACUUAUGGCCACAGCUAAGGCUAUUGCUAGACCAGGAUUCGGAAUCUUGGCUGCCGAUGAGUCCACUGGAACUAUCGGUAAGAGGUUCGCCCCAAUUGAGGUUGAGAACACCGAGCCAAACAGAAGAGCUUACAGAGAACUCUUGUUCACUAGCCCAGACAUCGAGAAGUACAUUAGUGGUGUAAUCAUGUUCGAAGAAACUCUUGACCAAGAGACCAAGGACGGAAAGAACUUCGUUGAGUUCCUUAAGGAGAAGAACAUCAUUACUGGUAUCAAGGUUGACAAGGGUGUCGUUAUUGUUGGAGGUACUGAGGAUGAGACUGCCACCCAGGGAUUAGACAAGCUCGGAGAGAGAUGUGCUGAGUAUUAUGCCAAGGGAGCUAGAUUUGCCAAGUGGAGAGCUGUCCUUAAGAUUGAUGUUGCCAAGAACUGCCCAUCUGAGCUUGCUAUCUAUGAGAACGCUCAUGGACUCGCAAGAUAUGCAUCCAUUUGCCAAGAUAACGGAUUGGUACCAAUUGUCGAGCCAGAAGUAUUGUGCGAUGGUACUCAUACUAUCGAAGAAUGUGCUGAAGCUUCAGAGAGAGUAUACGCUGGAGUUGUCAAGGCUCUUCAAGACCAAAAAGUCUUCCUCGAGGGAGCUUUGCUUAAGCCAAACAUGAUCACCCCAGGAAAAGAAGCUGCUGAAAAGGCUACCGCAGGAGAAAUUGCCUUCUACACUGUUAGAACUCUCAGCAGAACCAUCCCAGCCGCUAUGCCAGGUAUCCACUUCUUGUCUGGAGGUCAAUCCGAGGAGGAAGCUUCCCAGAACUUGAACGCCAUGGCUAAGCUCACUGACGUGCCAAAACCAUGGUAUCUAUCUUUCUCAUAUGGAAGAGCAUUGCAAGCAUCAUGCCUUAAGGCUUGGUUAGGAAAGGAAGAGAACAUCGAAGCAGCCCAGAAAGAAUUCAUUUCUAGAGCUAAGGGUAACUCAGAGGCUACUCUUGGCAAGUACGAGGGUGGUGGCAGCACUGAAGACUUGUACGUCAAGAAAUACGUGUAUUAAGCUCUUUG